AUGGGUUUCCGCAGCGUCUUUCGUCGUCAGACGACGGAGGAGUCCGUCACUCAGAUUGAUGUGAAUACCACCGAGGACAGCAAACAGGUGACCCCCUCUAACGGUGCCGCCGUUGAGAGUAAUGGCGCCGCUACAGAUGAAGCCCCGGCGCAAACUCCCCCAGAGGAGCUCCAUCGCGGUGUUCAUGACAUGGAAGCUAUGACCAAGAAUUGGUCUAAAUUGGCACUGGCUGGUGUUUUCAUCAACAUUUGGUUCCUUUACUUCACCUACGCCUUCCAGAGCUCGAUCCUGUUGAGUUUGACUCCCUAUAUCACCAGUCAAUGGGAUACCCACUCGCUGUUGAACACUAUUUACAUCGUUGCCGACGCCGUGACCGCUGCUUGCUAUAUUCCUCUUGGAAGAAUCAUGGAUGUCUGGGGCCGUGCCGAAGGCUUCCUCUUUAUGGUUUUCUGCGCCACUAUUGGUUUGAUCAUGAUGGCUGCGUGCAACAACCUCGCCACCUUCUGUGCCGCCUAUGUGUUCUACAGUCUCGGCUUUGGAGGCAUUAUCUAUUGUGUGGAUGUCAUCACUGCCGAUGCGUCCAUGCUCAAGAGUCGAGGCUUAGCUUACGCUUUUACCUCUUCGCCCUAUAUUAUUACCGCAUUCGCCGGCCCCACCGCUGCCGAUGAUGCUCUGGGUUCCCACGGCAUUGGCAUGCGAUGGCCCUUCGGAAUUUUCGCUAUUAUUCUGCCCAUUGUCGCCGCGCCGCUCUACGGUGUUCUGAAGUACAACAUCCACCAAGCUGUCAAGGCCGGCCACGUUGUCAAGGAAAAGACCAACCGGACUUUCCUGCAGAGUGUUUGGUAUUACCUCGUCGAGUUUGAUGCCAUGGGCGUCUUCCUCUUCUCCGCUGGCCUGGUUCUGUUCUUCCUGUCAUUUGAUAUCGCCGGAGCUGCCCCGAGUACCUGGGACACACCAUAUAUCAUCGCCAUGCUUGUGGUUGGCUUCUGCCUUCUCUUUGUGUUUAUCGUCUAUGAGACCUGGGUGGCCCCUAAGCCUUUGCUGCAGCUUGGAUUCUUGUACAACCGAACUGUACUUGGUGCCUGCCUGUUGGAUGCGACUUACCAGCUCUGCUACUACUGCUGGGAUAACUACUUCUCUUCCUUCCUGCAGGUUGUGAAUGACUUGUCCGUGGCGAAUGCUGGAUAUGUCGGAAAUACCUUUGACGUUGUUUCCGGCGUGUUGCUGCUGAUUGUGGGUGUGCUUAUCCGACGCACUGGCCGCUUCAAGUGGCUCCUGUGGAUUGCUGUUCCCCUCUAUAUCUUUGCCCAGGGUUUGAUGAUCUACUUCCGUCGCCCUAACCAGUCUGUCGGCUACCUCAUCAUGUGCCAGGUCUUCAUCUCUAUCGGUGGAAGUGUGUUCAUUAUCUGUGAGCAACUUGCUAUCCUGGCUGCUGUUGACCAUCAGCAUGUUGCUUCCGUGCUGGCUCUUCUCAACGUUGUCGGUACUGUUGGUGAUGCGAUGGGUGCCACUAUCUCGAGUGCUAUUUGGCAGAACACCUACCCCAAUGCCCUGCGCAAGUAUCUGCCAGAGUCCGCUAUGUCGAACUUUGAAGCCAUCUACGAAGAUCUCGACACCCAACUGAGUUAUGCAGUGGGAACCCCUACCCGAAUUGCGAUUCAAAAGGCAUAUGCCUACGCCCAGACUAGAAUGCUGGCUGUCGGAACCGGUAUCAUGGGUCUUGCUUUCAUCUGGCUCAUUAUGAUCCGGAACAUCGACCUGAAGAAGGUUCCACAGGUCAGCGGUAUGGUCUUCUAG